UUUGUCUCUUCUAUCUCUCUAUCUUCGUCUCCCAUGGCUUCUUCUUCUCGCAGUUGGAGAUAUGAUGUCUUCCCGAGCUUUAGAGGGGAAGAUGUGCGCAAGUCAUUCCUCAGCUACCUUCUUAAGGAGUUCGAUCGCAAGUCAAUCACUACAUUUGCAGACCACGGGAUCAUGAGAAGCCACCCAAUUUCUCAGGAACUUUUAUUCGCAAUAAGAGAAUCGAGGAUCUCCGUCGUUGUGUUUUCUAAAAAUUAUGCUUCUUCCACGUGGUGCUUAAAUGAAUUGGUCGAGAUCCACAACUGCUAUAUGGAGUUUGGUCAACUAGUGGUACCAGUUUUCUACGACGUUGAUCCUUCUGACGUUAGAAAACAGACAGGGGACUUCGGUAAAACCUUUAUAGAGACAUGCAGGAAUAAAACAGAUGAUGAGAUACAACGUUGGAUUCGAGCUCUGGUAGAGGUAGCAAAUUUGGCUGGAGAGGACUUGCGGAACUGGUAUGUUGUUUCUGAUUCCGUUAUUUAA